CCAGGAGUUGUCACUUUUCCGUUAACCGCCGUGCGACGUUGUGCGAACAUUUCGCGGAGUUGAUUCGCGAAAAUACCGAUGUUCUAAUAAAAUAUGUUAAUUGUUUGCACGCGAGAACAUUACGCCACGUUUAAAUAAGUUACAUAACAAUAAGUGUGUAUAUAAAAGAUGGCAGAUCAAAAGCCAUCAGGAUUAAGACCACCAUCAAAAAUUGGUCGACCAUGCAGCAACCUACCACCAAGACCGGCAGUUCCACCAUCACCACCAAGACCAUCAAUGAACCAGAUGGAUCAUCUCUGGGAAACGCACGGCCGUCGAUUAAGCGAGGCUGGCCUGCGCAGAGGAUCAGAUACUAGCGUCGUCCUGACGGAGGACACCGACAGCUUUAUAAUAGGAGACCGAGUAUGGGUGGGUGGUACCAAGCCAGGUUCGAUCGCCUACAUCGGGGAGACUCAGUUCGCCCCAGGGGACUGGGCUGGUGUCGUCCUGGACGAACCAAUCGGAAAGAACGAUGGAUCGGUGGCUGGUUGCCGGUACUUCCAGUGCGAGCCCAAACGAGGAAUAUUCUCUCGUUUGACCAGGCUGACCAGACAACCACUGGCUGAUUUUGGCAUGAUGUCACCGACCCAGAAGACCCCGACAACACCGCCGGACAGCAUGAGAGGAAGCCUCGCCAAAUCCAUGUCUCCCUCACUGAACGCAUCCACGACGAGUCUGUCGUCCACGGUGUCGCAGAGGGAUCUCAGGAUAGGCGAAAGGGUAAUAGUAUCGUCCACCCAAGGAAGCAAAGCCGGUGUCCUCAGGUACUUGGGGGUCACAGAGUUCGCCCCGGGCGAAUGGUGCGGCGUGGAGCUCGACGAGCCAGUCGGAAAGAACGACGGCUCCGUUGGCGACAUGAGGUACUUCGAGUGUCGACCUAAAUACGGUCUGUUCGCACCCGCGCACAAGGUCAUACGGUCGCCGUCCAGCAGAAGGUCAAUGUGCAUGGUGCACAAGCCGACCGGCGCCGCCCUGAAUUCGUCCCUGAAGAAGACUGGUUCCAGAGAAUCGCUCGUUUCGCUGUCGAGUAUCGCCAGCACGGCGAGCACGGCUGCCAGGACUGGUAUCAGUACAGCGAGGAGGCCUGGUUUGCGCACGUCGACACUUGCACGAAAUACCCUGCAGGAAACUUUGAAGGAGAGGCAGCAAGAGAUAGAGUUUCUUCGAAGAGAAAGAGAUUUAGAACGCGAUCGUUUUACGAAAGCAGCGAGUCAGGCGGACCAGGCAGAGCAGUCUAUCAUUUCAAUAAAGCAAGAAUAUGAACAGUAUCGCGAGAAAAUGCAAAAGACAGUCACGGAAGCGGAGACGGCUCUCACAAAGUUAAUUGAAGAAAAGAACGCGCUGGCUCUCCAAUUAGAAGAAGAGAAGAGGAAAUGCGAGGACCUAUUGUUCCGUUUUGAAGAAGAGUCCGUCAAUAAGGAUGAUAUUCAGAAAGAGAGAACUGAUCAAUGUGUGAUAAAUACUGUAAAUGAAAACAGGAUCAGAGAUCUCGAGAAGCAAUUGUUGGAAGAAAGGGAGCGCGUUGCUCAGCUGGAACGCGACAGUAUAAAAUUGUUCGAGACCGAAGAGGAAUUGUCACGUCUUCGCAACGAAGUGUCCAAUGCCACUUCUCAAGAGAGACAUCGCUUGGAAGAUUUGCAGAACCGGAAUCGAAGCCUGGAAGAAGCAAAAGCUAGUCUUGAAAGGGAGGUGCACGAAAAAUCAGCUCUCGUGGAACAGUGCGUCGUGCAAAUAAAAGAGUUGGAGACGAAAUUGAACGAGAAUCAAAAGGAAACAUCGACGCAUAAGGAAUCCGAGUCAAAUUUGCGAACAGAAUUGGACCGUGCAACGAAAGCUUUAGAGGAGAGAAGCAUUUUGAUAGAAAACAUGAAAAAGGAAUUUGAAAGCACUACAGACACCUUAAAAGAAGAGUUGCAACGCGCUAAAGAGACAAUAGAGAAUACAAAGCUAGAGAAUACAAAUGAAAAGGAAUCGUUGGUAUCUAAAUACGAAAAGAUCGUUGAAGAGAAAGUGAAAGCAUUAGAGCUGGCGACUGAAUCGAAGAAGCAAUUGGAAGUACAGAGCACAGCUUUGGAGGAUCUUAAGACAGAGAACGUCAAGGAAAUCAAAAAACUAUCAGAGUCCUUCAAUGAUCAGCUAAAUAUGAGAGAUUUGAGGAUCAAAGAAAUAACCGUGCAGCUCGAUCAGAAAACAUCCGAAACUGAAAAACUGAUGAAUGAACUGUCCGCGCAAAUUGACUUCGGUAAAAUUAAAGACGAAGAGUUAAACGUUGCUCUGCAGAGACUAGAAGAACUGAAUGAAAAGCUUAAGUUAGUGGAAGAGAAGAACGCUACGCUUUCUAAACAAAUGCAAGAGUAUCAAUCAAAGGCUGAUGAUAGUAUUAAGAUAGUUCAAGAAAAGCAAAAAUUAGAGCAAGAUGUAGCGUCUUUGAUAGCUACCGAGGCAAAUUCUUCCGCACAGUUGAAAAAAUUGAGCGAGGAAUUAAAAGUAAAAGAGAAGGAAUUGUCGGAGCUUCGUUCUACCACUGCGGCUGAAAUAGAGGAAUUGAUUAAGCGUUAUCAGGGCCAAAUUGAAGAGAAAUCGAAAUAUAUCGAGGAAGUGACAGCAGACGUGUCUCAAAAAUCCGAACUGCUUAGUAAAUUGGAAAAGGAUAUAAUUGUAUUGAAAUCAAUCCUUGCGACCAAAGACGAAGAAAUAAAAAAUCUUACAGAGAAAACUUCAGAAUUGCAGGAUGCUCUUACAUUAUCGGCGCAAACUAAGACAAACUUGGAGAGCGAACUUAGAGCUGUUGGAAACAACGUGGAAAAAUUAAAUCAACAGGUAGCCAGCGCGGAAAAUAAAAUAUCACAGAUAACUACUCAAAAAGAGAAACUGGAAUCUGAUAUUGCAAAUCUGGUAAGUAGUUCUGCUAAUUCGUCGGAACAGCUGGUAAGAUACAAUGAAGAUUUGCGAUUGAAAGAGAAAGAGCUUGACGAAUUAAAAGACAAAGCUUUUACGAGUGAGAGUACGAUAAAAUCAUUGGAAGGAAAGUUAAGUAACACGGAAAUGGAAUUAAGUAAAGUUGGUACGUUGAUUCAGGAUCAACGUGCCGCACUAGAAGAUAGUAAAUCUCAAUUGGAAAAAGAAAGAAAAUUGAAUAUUGAACUGUGCGACAAAGUGAAACAAUUUGAGAUAGAAAACGGUGAACUUAAAAAAAUAAUAAAUGAAAAUGAACGCGUCAAGGAGAAUCUUGUGGAGAAAUCCGAGGAAACGUUGAAUCUUGCGAACGAGUUAAAAAAUAGUCAAGAGAAAAUCAUUAAUCUUGAGAAACAAUGUAACGCGUUACAAAAUUCUCAUAAUGAAGAAAUGUCCUCCCUUCAAAUACGAAUCGAUGGAAUUCAAGCGGAAUUGGCUGCCUCUCAGGAGGAAACCAAGUCUUUGCAAAAGAUGAAAUCUAAGUUAGAGGCAGACCAAAGUGCCCAUCGUUGGUCUAUCGAGGAAUUGACCGAGAAACUGACGGCUGAAGUGGAGAAUCGUUCCAAGUUGGAGUCCUUGAUAUUAGAAAGGGAUUCUAAUUUCCAAGAAAUUCAAAGUAAAUAUUUAGAGUUACAAAAAACAAAUGAAGCUUUAAUAGUUAAUAAGGAAACCGCCGACAAAAGUCUCGCAACAUCAUUGGAUGCAAUGUCCAAUGAAGUGAAACAGCUGAAGGACAAAUUAGCUGAUGCAACAGAAACGAUUAAAAUAAAAGAAGACGCUCUUAUUCAAAUAACAAAGUCUACUGAACAAACUGAAGCAGAGAUUUCAAAAUUGAACAAUACUAUCGCUUCUAUGAAGGAACAACAAGCACAUAGUACAGAAGAAAUACAAAAGAUACAAGAAGCUCUUUCAAGGAAGGAGAAGGAAGUCAGUGACUUCACAGAGACAAAGAAUUCUUUAGAAAAUAAUGUAAAGACGCUAGAAGCGCAGUUGAAACAUGUAACAGAAGAAUCGAUCGAGAAAAACAAUUCUCUUCAAGAAAUGGAACACACGAUCAAAGAAUUGCAAAACUCCAAAAAUGAAUCUCUGACGAAGUUACAAAACAUGUUGGAGUCUGAAAUUAAAUCCAAGCAAAUCAAAUACGAGAAUGCAGUCCUGGAGAAUGAUGAAUUAGAGAAGAAGCUGCAAUCGCUUCAGGGUCUGAUUGAUAAACAAAUCCAUGAUUUGAGUAACAAGGAAACAGUGAUCAAUAAGCUAACAGCACAACUUAAAACUGCACAAUUAAAAGAAGCACAAAGUAAUUUGGAAAAGGAAACCAAGUGGACAGAGAGAACAAAUGAAUUGAAUCUGACUCGAGAAAAUAUGAAGAACAAUUAUGAUGCAGCCGGUGAUGUCAUUGAACAACAUAGGGUUGACAAAGAUAUCGAUGUGUUAAAAUUGAAAGAGGAAAACGAAACGGCUAAAGGUCAAAUAGAUUUCUUGAAUUCCGUGAUAGUAGAUAUGCAGCGUAAAAAUCAAGCUUUAUUGUGUAAAGUCGAAGUCCUCGAAAUGGGAGUACCAGCCAACGAAGCUGACGAUUAUACUCAAAACACAUUGGAUAAACGUAUGCAUACGCAACGUAUGUUCUGUGAUAUUUGCGAUCAGUUCGAUUUACACGAAACAGAGGAUUGUCCACGUCAAGCUCAGGACUUCCUGGAGACAGAAAAGGUUGCGAAAUCACCGAAAAAGGUAUCGGUGGAAAGGCCGUACUGCGAACACUGUGAAAUGUUCGGACACGAUACUCGUGAUUGCGACGACGCCGAGACGUUUUAACAGCGUGUUAUUAUUCGUAGUCCUGUUUCACUGUUCGUAAAAGAUCCUAUACACGAGAAAAGACCUGUUAAGAUUUUGCAAAGUAUAUUUUUAUAUAAAAGAAUCAAACGCAACCGUUGUAUGUAUGUCUUCCCGCAUAGGAUGCGCGUGUCCAUCCAGAAAGUCCGGUGAUUUGGCAAAGAACAUGUUCUCCCCGUGUUAAACCCAUAGCUUUAAAGUCUAUACGUAUACGUUCACGGAGAUCGAUGAUCGGCAAAAUUUCAAUUUUUAUUUGUUAUCAGAAAUUUUAAUCCAGACAAGAAUUUUGCCCGUCAUCGAUGAAAAUGUUUUUGUAAUUACAUUCAUUCUACUUCCAUCUAAUUAUCGAAGUACAAAGCAAUAGAGUUCAAUUGUAGGUCAGAAUUACGGCUAAGUUAAUUACGGUAAAUUAUUAAAUCGUAUAAUAAUUUAUAAGAAGGGAGCAUGCAUUAUCAAAGUGUGCACAGUGAAAUGUUAACACACGUACCGUGCGAGACUCGUGGAAGUCAAGUGUAAUUAUGUACAUAACAGUUAUUUAUAUCAAUCUAUACAUGUAUUUAAUAUUUAUUUAGCGUUCGGGAACGCAACACGUUCAGUGAUAGUUCCUUUACUUCAAGAACUAAGUGCUCGAGCCAUAAGCAUUAGAAGCAAGGCGUUUCUUAAGCCGUUUUUGAAACCGAUGAUAGAAAAUUUAUUACCAAUUAACAGAGAUGGGCAACAUUUCGUUCGAGUAAUGAUCGAUAAAACAAUUGAACUUUUUUUUGAGAAUCAAACAAGCUUGCCCGCCUCUGACCGAUUGGUGAUUUAUAGGUGAUACAUUUCUCCUGAAAGAAUGUUUGUACGUCCAGUAUAAUGUAAGCAAAUGCUUCCUGUACGCGUUAUGCUGUGCUUCUUUCGCCAUCAUCUGUACAAAAAUCGUUACGGUAGAAUCGUACUGUUGAGACCUGUUACUCUCUUGCCUUUCAACUUUGAGCCUUAAUACAGGGUUGAUAAUGAUCACUGAAUUAGUCUUGUCUUCAAAUGUGUACAUUCGAUAAAUUAGAACCAUGCUUUGUAGUUAAGAAAAUAAAAUUCUAAUAGAC